UCCUCAGAUCGCGGCUGUGACACCGUUGUUUUUAUUAUUCCUCCUCUGGGUGUUUCACAUCGGCACGUUACACACAUUCUGUAAUUCGUGCCUUUCUACAGUGCAUGUUAAUAUCACCAGACUUUAUGACAAACGGACGCUAGCUGCUCUCGGUGGCUAACUUAUUAACCGGUAACAACACAAGGGCCAACUGACGGUACUCUGAGCUUGUUAGCCAGCUAGCUGCUGUCCCUCCAGUCGAACUGCCCUUUGUCUUUGCAGGCAAGUCAGCUAGCAGGCGUUGGUUUCUUCUCUCGGGUAGCUAACCCAGGAUUUUGGAAUUUUGUUUUAAUUUUUUUGCCUGACAGGAGUGAAGCAAACCAAGAUAGGCGGCUUGGGAACCAAGAUGUCGAACAGAGUGGUGUGCAGAGAAGCAAGUCACGCCGGGAGCUGGUACUCUGCUUCGGGAUCACAGCUGAAUGCACAACUAGAAGGCUGGCUGUCUCAAGCACAGUCCACCAUCAGACCUGCUAGAGCCAUCAUAGCACCCCAUGCUGGGUAUACUUACUGUGGUGCUUGUGCAGCACAUGCCUACAAGCAGGUUGAUCCCUCUAUUACUCGUAGGGUGUUCAUCCUGGGACCUUCACACCAUGUGCCCCUCUCUCGCUGUGCCCUGUCACCUGCAGACAUCUAUAGAACACCCCUCUAUGACCUGAGAAUCGACCAGAAGGUUUACGCUGACCUCUGGAAAACUGGGCUGUUUGAGAGGAUGAGUCUGCAGACAGACGAAGAUGAGCACAGUAUUGAAAUGCAUUUGCCUUACACUGCUAAAGCCAUGGAGAGCCACAAAGACGAGUUUAGCAUCGUACCUGUGCUGGUGGGUGCGCUUAGUGAGUCAAAGGAACAGGAAUAUGGGAAGCUGCUCAGCAAAUACCUGGCAGACCCUUCUAACCUUUUCAUCAUCUCGUCUGACUUCUGCCAUUGGGGUCAACGGUUUCGCUAUACAUACUAUGAUGAAUCUCAAGGGGAGAUCUACAGGUCUAUUGAGCAUCUUGAUAAAAUGGGGAUGGGCAUUAUAGAGCAGCUGGAUCCCAUGUCUUUCACCAACUACUUGAAGAAGUAUCGCAACACCAUCUGUGGGCGUCACCCGAUUGGAGUGUUGCUAAAUGCUGUGGCUGAACUGAGGAAGUCUGGUCUAGAAAUGAACUUCACUUUCCUGAACUACGCCCAGUCAAGUCAGUGCAGGAACUGGCAGGACAGCUCCGUGAGUUACGCUGCUGGGGCACUCAUCGUUCAUUGAGGUCAACUUUUGCAGGGGCCACUGCAACGCCGCCACCCUGCCCUUACUAUCUAUCGCCAUAACCUGACCCAGACACCCUCCCCCUCACCCCCUCCCCCAGUUAUGCCCACUAUUUGCAGGAAGGACCUAGACACUCGAAGCCAAUACAGUCUUCUUUCUCUGUCUCUCCCUCAGCUCUCCUCUGCCUUUUCUCUGCCAGUUUGAAGUGUGUCUCAGAGUUUUUGGUUGAAACAUUUUGCUUGAAGUGCAGUUUUGAGAUUAUGUAGGAGCAAAUGGAUAGUGGAGCUGGGAAGAGCGCGUAGUAUUUUGGCUCGGAGUAAACACUGAGAGGGAAAAAUCUUAUUUGGGUUUUUGCAAGGACUGUAGUCCUCUUAGUUCCUUUUUGUUUUCCUGACAAAACAGAUUUGAGUUGUGAAAAUACAAUCUUUAUAUUUGGACUCAAUCUGUUCUCUUGUAAUUUGCCUCAGAAUAAGAAUUAAAAUAAAACUGCAGAUAUUAAUGGAGAAUAUUCUAAUGUUGCCAGAUGAAAAUGGAGUGUUUUGACUGACUGCUUCAAGCUACAUGCGACUUAAACUUUGAAAACAGUGUCAUAGGUAAUUACUACCAUUGCUCAGCACGUGUUGUAGUUGCUAACAAAGGGCUGCACCCAACAAAGUUCACUAACAACCCUACUGUACAAAACCAAAAACAAUAUUAUUAUCCUUUUAGUUUAUUAAAACACAAUAUUUUAAUCAUAUUUUAUUUCUUUUUUCUCCUUAUUUAGUAGUUUUAGAUGUGGUAAUAUUUACUCAAGUAGUGUGUAGGUUUGAGCAAAAGCCGCGUCAUCACUUGAGCUCUAAAGCCAUCAACCAGUUUGCCCAGUAAACUAGUGUGUACAACACCACUUCCUGACUACAAUCCCCUGCUUUGUAGCAUUACACAGAUGUUAUGCUAGGGCCAAACUGCAGCUAUGGAGGUUACAGAAAUACAAUCAAAGGUGGAUAUUGUGUUCAGCUGUGACAUGUCUACUCCCUGUUUACAAUUCCACCUUGAGUUUCUGUAGUUUCUGAAUUGUCAGAAUAGGAGACAAAAGUUUUGUUACAUAUUCAGUUCUGUAAGAGCAGCAAAACGUCUGUUUUGGUCUGAACAACUGGCAAAGCAGUAAAGACCACAAAGACUUGCUUAAAAUAAUAGGAGCUGCACCUCUUCCCUGUGUACUAUGUAGUAAUCUUUUUCUGGAUGUUUUGAUUGAGGAAUGCCAAAAUUUACUGGAAAAAUCCCAAGUUUUCAUCCUUAUGUUUGGUUUCCAGUUUUGAGAAUUCACGUCAGAAUUAGUCUUGAGACAGUACGAGUGUCACUCGUUUACUGUACACAAGACAACUAAUAGAUGACUCAAGUAUUAAUAUCAGCACAAAUGCUUUCCUGUUAGUUUUAAUAAUCUACCCAGUUGUUGCUCCCUGCUUCAUUUUGGACCUAUUGGAAAUCUCAAGCACAAAGAUUUAAUUAACUAACAACAGAAAUAGUUGCUGCCUGGAAUACUUCUGUUUUCAUAGGAAUGCAGAAUGCAGACUCCCCCCACUGAUUCUUAGUAGUAGUGCAGGCUUUUAGUACCAGGAUGAUAAUAGGCAGCACAGUGUCCGCUGUCCUGUCGUUUGAGAUUGAAACGUCACUUUUGCUGCUAAAGUUAAAUACUCCUAUUUAAAAAAAAAAAAAAAAAA